AUGGCAGAGUCUGCAAUAUUACCAAUGUUAUAUGAGUUCCUCGUAUCGGAAUCACGAUACGAGGUUCGGGGAGGCGAGUAUCGCGCGCGUCUACGUUCCUUGUUUGAUAAUAUGUUAUUAGCCCAGCUUGCUUUUCCUUCAUUUACGAUUGGUAAUUGUCGUCAGUUACCUGUAAAGGCCCUUGACGAAUUGGUUAAUUCCGUUGGUGUGUUGGAUCACGAGGAUGUAAAAACAUUUAGGUUACGUGCGUGUCCUGGGAUCCGCCAAUAUGCUUACCCAGGGAUUCCUGAAUUUACUCGUUUGAACAUGCAUUAUGUGAAAUCAUGGCAUGAAUUUUUUGGCUUUAUUGAUAAGCGUGAGCGUGCGGUAGCGACGAAACCACGUCGUUCUCGUCAUGAAGAGCUUACUUCGGAAUCUCACUCCUCUACUGAAAGCGAGGAAGAAACGAGUUCAUCCGAUAGCGAUGCUUCUGUGGAGGGUGAUCGUAUAGAUGCUGUGAUAACUGCGGAUGACAUUCUAUCUCCGCGUACUCCCCCUGAUAGCAUCCGAUCUUUAUUAGGACCUGAUCCAUCUACAUCUGGUGUUGAUCCUGGAGAAGUAAAGGAUAAAAGUCUGCUUCGUUGGCAUCGCAGAAUCCCAAUAUAUAUGGAUUCUGCAUAUAAGAUUGACCACGGUACUGCUGUAUUCGGUAUCAUGAAUGAUAGACUUUUGGAAGAAGAGUGGGCAUGCAGCUCUUCUUACAGCUCGUACGAAUCAUUAUUUCAGCAGUUCAUGGUUUCAGAGGACCAACCUGAUAAUUGUGAAGAUGCAUAUGUCAAAGGUUCCUUAGAUGGCGAAAUUGCUGCCGAUGAUGGUAGUGAGGUUGCCACUGCGGCUUAUAGUGAGAAAGGUACGUACGUUGACGACACGGACAACGUCAAUGAGAGCAUGGAUGGCUAUAUCAGUGAAGGUAUGCGUGGCGAUUCUGCUGUCUCUUGGGAUCAGGUUGAUGACGAAGGUGUAAAGGGGCCUAUAAUCCAUGCGGACUGUGUCAUCGAUGAGGAGCUGGAUACUGACCUGGAGGAUAAACUUGCUUAUACUGGUGAUAGUGACGAGCGUUCGGUUGAUAGCGAGUCGGAUGAUGACAACGGCGAUGACGGUGUAGUUGCGGGUGAGGAUCGCCCUCAGAUGUACGACCCUGAUUGUGUCUACGGCAACUAUUACGUUGACGUUCCUCGAGAUUGCCCACGAACCCUGAAAGCGUCCUUAGAUGAGUCAGAUGUGCUAGGAGACCGUGCAUCUAUGAAGUACCACAAUUUCACUACUGAUGCGGUGGAUAUUACUUCAACGGUCGUGGUGGGUGCUGAUGGCGUUCCUCAGGUGAGUUGCAUGGGAACAUUGGGUACACGGCAGCGCGGAUCUUAUGACCCUCGUCUUUUAAAGUAUCACAAUGGUCAGGUUACAUUGCAAAACCGUUUAGAAUUUGCAAUUUCUGGUUUAUUUGCUAUAAAGAAUGCAGUUAGUGCUGAGUGCACUACGUGUUCUGGUUGGAGUCUUAAUAACGGUGUCUCGGUAAUAUUCUGUGAAAUCUGCGAAGACCGUUUGUUGGAGGAUUUCGAUUCUGCAGUGGUGAACCGUUUGUUUGAGUUGCGUUCUCAUUUGAUUUCUGAUCUUUAUCCUUCAAUUGGUUAUAGUUUUGCGAACCCGAAUGCCAAGGAAUGUGCAAAGGGUGAAGGAUAUGGAACAUAUGUGACCAUCCCCGCCCUGUGCGAUAUAGGCGGUGUAUACCCCAAGGCUUCUAUGCACGACGGACGGUACAUCCCCAAUGCCACUGAUGUCCCUUUUAAGGCGUUAUGUGAGCUGAAUUCUAUAGUAUUAACUAACGCCGAGCUUUGGCCUUACUCUGAAGGUGGAAGCCAGAUUUUGUCGAUAUGUGAAGAUCGCCAACAGCGUAGUUUGCGGGGAUUUAACGAAUACCUUAACGGUUUAUGUAAGCUUUAUGAGAGCGCUACUAGCAAUGUAAGUUAUGUUGAGGUUUUGAAGGAGUUCAAUAACGUGUUUAAGCAGGGUAGGUUACCCUUCAUGUGUGACGGUGUUGAUACUAAGCGUCAAUUUUUUGACGAAUUAACAUCAUCUUUGCUUUGCAAGCUGCCACUUGACCCUGAGUUGCUGCGCACUAUGUUCUAUCGGCAAGGUAUAUACGCUGGGCGCCCGGAACAUGGUCGUAGGUCUAACCUACUUGCCCUUGCUCAGCAUAAUGGCCGUACCCCUCGCAAUCCCAGCAGUGCGUUAAAUUAUCCAUGGCAUACAAUGGCGCUUAAGUACUGGGGCCGCAAGACCGGGUCUGGUGACCACUCCAGUAAAUUUGCUCUAAAGUCUUCGGGUUAUCGAAUGCGUCCAGGGUUGUAUCAGGAUUUUGUUGAUCGUACAGCUGUUUUCGAUCGUCUUCCUCGCGGUAUGUCUGCCCGUGUAAAGAAUUCUGGUCGUUUGGAGCUUGGUUUUCCUACGUCACUUCAGAUGCAUGUUGCUGGCGUCCCGGACGCUGUUAUUGACCCUUCAUUGUAUACUAAGUGCGGUAUGGCAUUUUUCUACUCCAUUUCUUCGAUUAUUCAGAACCUUUGCGCAUUAUCUAUGUUCAUGUGGCCGUACGACGACUCUGAAAAUAAUUACAAGCGUCGUGCACGGGAUGACGGUGCAGGUCGACCUGUGUUUUGA